GCGAGUGCCUCACAGCCGCAAUAUGGGGGAACACAGCCUGGAGCUGGCUUCCAUGAUCCCGGCCCUGCGGGAGCUGGGCAGUGCCAGUUCCGAGGAAUAUAACACAGUUGUACAGAAGCCACGGCAAAUUCUGUGUCAGUUUAUUGAUCGAAUUCUUACAGAUGUGAAUGUUGUUGCCUUGGAACUCAUAAAGAAAACGGACUCUCAGCCAACCUCUGUGAUGUUGCUUGAUUUCAUCCAGCAUAUCAUGAAGUCUUCCCCACUGAUGUUUGUAAGUGUGAAUGCAAGCCAUAGUCAAAAUGAGGCCAAAGGCAGUUGUAUCGAAUUCAGUAAUUGGAUUAUAACAAGACUUCUGAGGAUUGCAGCAACUCCAACAUGUCAACUGUUACACAAGAAAAUCUGUGAAGUCAUCUGUUCAUUAUUAUUUCUUUUCAAAAGCAAGAGUCCUGCCAUUUUGGGGGUACUGACACAGGAAUUAUUGAAUCUUUUUGAAGACUUGAUUUGCCUCCACAGAAGAAAUACAAUGGGAUACUUUGUGGAAUGGCCAGUGGUAGUGAGCCGAUUUGUAAGUCACAUAGACGAACACAUGGGACAUUUACAACCAGCUCCUUUGCAGGUUUGGAGUUGGCAAAAUCUAGAAUUUAUUGAAGACACUUUAUUAACGGUUCUUAUUCGUAUCAUUGCAGUUGUGUUUUUCAGAAGGCAAGAACUCUUACUUUGGCACAUAGGUUGUGCUCUGCUAGAGUAUGGUAGCCCAAAGAUUAAAUCCUUAGCAAUUAGUCUUAUAACCGAACUCUUUGAACUUGGGGGACUACCACAACAACCAGCCAGCACUUUUUUCAGCUCAUUUUUAGAAUUAUUAAAGCACCUUGUAGAAAUGGAUGCCAACCAACUGAAACUUUAUGAAGAGCCAUUAUCAAAGUUGGUGAAGACUGUAUUCCCCUUUGAAGCAGAAGCUUAUAGAAAUAUUGAACCUGUCUAUUUAAAUAUGCUGCUGGAAAAACUCUGUGUCAUGUUUGAAGCUGGCGUGCUUAUGCAGCUUAAGUCUGAUUUACUAAAAGCAGCUCUGUGCCAUUUACUGCAGUACUUUCUUAAAUAUGUGCCAGCUGGAUAUGAAUCUGCUUUACAAGUUAGGAAGGUCUAUGUAAGAAAUAUUUGUAGAGCUCUUGUGGAUGUGCUUGGAGUUCAGGAAAAUGCAGAGUACUUAUUGGGACCACUUUAUGAAGCCUUAAAAAUGGAAAGUAUGGAAAUCCUUGAGGAGAUUCAGUGCCAAACUCAACAGGAAAGACUCAGCAGUAAUAGUGAUGGAAUCUCACCCAAAAGACACCAACUCAGCUUGUCCUUGAUUUCUUCCAAAAGAGCACAAACACAGACUGAAGAAAUUAAACAUGUGAAUAUGAGCAAAAAGAGCAUGUUAUGGAGUGCACUGGAACAGAAAGCCGAAUCCCUUCAGGUUCUUCUUGAACCCAGCAGUCUGAAUAAUUCUGUUAUUGAGACUUUAGAAGGAAUCGCUGUUGUCCUGCAACUCACCUCUCUGUGUACUGUUCACUGUUCUCACCAAACUAUGGACAGCCAUACUUUCAAGGAGUCCCAAUACAAAUGUAAGAAGAAACCUUCUGUAGUGAUAACUUGGAUGUCUUUGGAUUUUUGUACAAAAGUGCUAAAGAGUUGUAUGAAUUUGUUAGAAUCUGUUCAAAAACCUGACUUGGCCACAAUCAUUGAUAAAAUAGUGAAAAUAUAUGAUGCUUUGAUUUAUAUACAAGUAAAAAGUUCAUUUGAAGAUGAAAUUCUGCAAGAUAUUUGUGGAAUGCUCUCACUGCCAUGGAUUUAUUCCCAUUCUGAUGAUGGCUCUUUAAAGUUGACAUCAUUUGCCACUAGCCUUCUUACAUUAAGCCAGAGGAUUUCAGAUAGCUACUCACCACAGGCACAAUCACGGUGUGUGUUUCUUCUCACUCUGUUUCCAAGGAGGAUAUUCCUGGAAUGGAGAACAGCAGUUUAUAGCUGGGCACUGCAGAGCUCCCAUGAAGUAAUCCGGGCUAGUUGCGUUCGUGGAUCCUUUAUCUUAUUACAGCAACAGAGUUCUUAUCACAGAGUCCCCACGAUUCUUAUAGAUAAAGUCAAAGACGAUUCAGACAUUGUCAAGAGAGAAUUUGCUUCUAUACUUGGCCAACUUGUCUGUACUCUUCAUGGCAAGUUCUACUUGGCAAGUUCUUUAACAGAGCCUUUCUCUGAACACGGAUGUGCAGACCUCUUCUGUAGGAGCCUGAAAGCCACUUCUCAACAUGAAUGUUCAUCCUCUCGACUAAAAGCUUCUGUCUGUAAACCAUUCCUUUUCCUCCUGAAAAAGAAAACAUCCAGCCCAGUAAAACUUGCUUUCAUAGAUAAUCUACAUCAUCUUUGCAAGCAUCUUGAUUUUAGGGAAGAUGAAACAGACGUAAAAGCAGUUCUCGAGACUUUGCUAAAUCUAAUGGAAGAUCCAGACAAGAAAGUUCGAGUGGCUUUUAGUGGAAAUAUCAAGCAUAUAUUGGGAUCCUUGGAGUCUGAAGAUGGAUUUAUAAAAGAGCUUUUUGUCUUAAGGAUGAAGGAAGCAUAUACACAUGCCCAAAUAUCAAGAAAUAACGAGUUGAAGGAUACCUUGAUUCUUACAACAGGGGAUAUUGGCAGGGCAGCAAAAGGAGAUUUGGUACCUUUUGCACUUCUGCACUUACUGCAUUGUUUACUAUCCAAGUCAGCGUCUGUCUCUGGAGCAGCAUACACAGAAAUUAGAGCUCUGGUUGCAGCUAAAAGUAUUAAACUGCAAAACUUUUUCAGUCAAUAUAAGAAACCCAUCUGUCAGUUUUUGGUAGAAUCCCUUCACUCCAGUCAGAUGACAGCACUUCCUAAUACUCCGUGCCAGAAUGUUGAGAUGAGAAAGCAAGAUGUGGCUCACCAGAGAGAAAUGGCUUUAAAUACUUUGUCUGAAAUUGCCAAUGUUUUUGACUUUCCUGACCUUAAUCGUUUCCUUACUAGGACAUUACAAGUUCUGCUCCCUGACCUUGCUGCCAAAGCAAGCCCUGCAGCUUCAGCUCUCAUUCGAACUUUAGGGAAGCAAUUAAAUGUCAAUCGUAGAGAGAUUUUAAUAAAUAACUUCAAAUAUAUUUUUUCUCAUUUGGUCUGUUCCUGUUCCAAAGAUGAAUUAGAACGUGCCCUUCAUUAUUUGAAGAAUGAAACAGAAAUUGAGCUGGGGAGCCUGUUGAGACAGGAUUUCCAAGGACUGCACAAUGAAUUAUUGCUGCGCAUUGGAGAACAUUAUCAACAGGUUUUCAAUGGCUUGUCAAUACUUGCCUCAUUUGCCUCAAGUGAUGAUCCAUAUCAGGGUCCAAGAGAUAUUAUAUCCCCUGAAUUAAUGGGGGAUUAUUUGCAGCCGAAGUUGUUGGGCAUUUUGGCAUUUUUUAACCUGCAGUUACUCAGCUCCAGUGUUGGCAUUGAAGAUAAGAAAAUGGCCUUGAACAGUCUGAUGUCUUUGAUGAAGUUGAUGGGACCCAAACAUGUCAGUUCUGUGAGGGUGAAGAUGAUGACGACUCUGAGAACUGGCCUUCGGUUCAAGGAUGAUUUUCCUGAGUUGUGUUGCAGGGCUUGGGACUGCUUUGUUCGUUGCCUAGAUCAUGCUUAUCUAGGCUCCCUUCUCAGUCAUGUGAUAGUAGCUUUGUUACCUCUCAUACACGUUCAGCCUAAAGAAACUGCUGCCAUAUUUCACUACCUCAUCAUUGAAAACAGGGAUGCUGUGCAAGACUUUCUUCAUGAAAUAUAUUUUUUACCUGAUCAUCCAGAACUAAAAACAAUAAAGGCAGUUCUCCAGGAAUACAGAAAGGAGACUUCUGAGAGCACUGAUCUUCAAACAACUCUUCAGCUUUCCAUGAAAGCAAUCCAACAUGAAAAUGUAGACGUUCGUAUUCAUGCUCUUACCAGCUUGAAGGAAACUUUGUAUAAAAAUCAGGAAAAAGUGAUAAAAUAUGCAACUGACAGUGAAACAGUAGAACCUGUUAUUUCACGGCUGGUGACGGUGCUUUUGAAAGGCUGCCAAGAUGCAAAUUCUCAAGCCCGAUUGCUCUGUGGGGAAUGUUUAGGGGAGCUGGGAGCAAUAGAUCCAGGUCGACUAGAUUUCUCAACAACUGAAACCCAAGGGAAAGAUUUUACCUUUGUGUCUGGAGUAGAAGAUUUGAGCUUUGCCCAUGGAUUAUUAAUGGAGCUAACAAGAGCUUACCUAGCAUAUGCAGAUAACAGUCGGGCUCAAGAUUCAGCUGCAUAUGCCAUCCAGGAGUUACUUUCUAUUUAUGAGUGCAGAGAAAUGCAGAAUAAUGGCCCUGGGCACCAAUUAUGGAGACGGUUUCCUGAACAUGUUCGGGAAAUACUGGAACCUCAUCUAAAUACCAGAUACAAGAGUUCUCAGAAGUCAACAGAUUGGUCUGGAGUAAAGAAGCCAAUUUACUUAAGUAAAUUAGGUAAUAAUUUUGCAGAAUGGUCAGCAUCUUGGGCUGGUUAUCUUAUAACAAAGGUACGACAUGAUCUAGCCAGUAAAAUCUUUACCUGCUGUAGCAUUAUGAUGAAGCACGACUUUAAGGUGACCAUCUAUCUUCUGCCUCAUAUUCUUGUCUAUGUUUUGUUGGGCUGUAAUCAAGAAGAUCAGCAGGAGGUUUAUACAGAAAUUAUGGCAGUUCUAAAGCAUGAUGAUCGGUGUACCAUAAGUACACAAGACAGUGCAUCUGAUCUGUGUCAGCUAAGCACACAGACUGUGUUCUCCAUGCUUGACCACCUCACCCAAUGGGCAAGGCACAAAUUUCAGGCACUGAAAGCUGAGAAAUGUCCACAGAGCAAAUCAAACAGGGACAGGAAGGAUUCAAUGGUAUCCUCUGUGGAUUAUGAAGACUACCAGAGUGUAACUCGUUUUCUAGACCUCAUACCUCAGGAUACUUUGGCCACGGCUUCCUUCCGCUCUAAAGCAUACACACGAGCUGUCAUGCACUUUGAAUCAUUUAUUACAGAAAAGAAGCAAAACAUUCAGGAGCAUCUUGGAUUUUUGCAGAAAUUGUAUGCUGCGAUGCAUGAACCAGAUGGUGUGGCUGGGGUUAGUGCACUUCGAACAGCAGAGCCAUCGCUGAAAGAACAGAUCCUUGAACAUGAAAGCAUUGGCUUGCUGAGGGAUGCCACUGCUUGUUAUGACCGAGCUAUUCAGCUAGAACCAGACCAGAUUAUUCAUUAUCAUGGUGUAGUGAAGUCUAUGUUAGGUCUUGGUCAGCUGUCUACUGUAAUCACUCAGGUGAAUGGAGUUCACGCUAACAGGUCUGAAUGGACAGAUGAAUUAAAUACGUACAGAGUGGAAGCAGCUUGGAAAUUGUCACAGUGGGAUUUGGUGGAAAGCUAUUUGGCAGCAGAUGGAAAAUCUACAACAUGGAGUGUCAGACUUGGACAGUUAUUGUUAUCAGCCAAAAAAAGAGACGCCUCAGCUUUCUGUGACACGCUGAAACUCGUGAGAGCAGAGCAGAUCGUCCCUCUUUCAGCUGCAAGCUUCGAAAGAGGCUCUUACCAACGAGGAUAUGAAUACAUUGUGAGGUUGCAUAUGUUGUGUGAGUUGGAGCACAGCAUCAAACCACUUUUUCAGCAAUCUCUAGAUGUUAGUGCUCAAGAAGAGUCUCUAAACUGGGUAGCACGACUAGAAAUGACCCAGAAUUCCUACAGAGCUAAGGAACCCAUCCUUGCCCUCCGGAGGACUUUAUUAAGUCUCAACAAAAGAUCCGAUUACAGUGAAAUGGUUGGAGAAUGCUGGCUGCAGAGUGCCAGAGUAGCAAGAAAAGCAGGUCAUCACCAAACCGCCUACAACGCUUUGCUCAAUGCGGGAGAAUCACGGCUCGCGGAACUGUAUGUGGAAAGGGCAAAGUGGCUAUGGUCUAAGGGUGAUGUUCACCAGGCACUAAUUGUUCUUCAGAAGGGUGUUGAGUUAUGUUUUCCUGAAAGUCCAGCACCAACUGAGAGCAAGGACAUGUUAAUCCAUGGUCGAGCUAUAUUACUAGUAGGACGAUUUAUGGAAGAAACUGCUAACUUUGAAAGCAAUGCAAUUAUGAAAAAAUAUAAGGAUGUGACCUUGGUCCUACCGGAGUGGGAAGAUGGACAUUUUUACCUUGCAAAAUACUAUGACAAAUUGAUGCCCAUGGUCACAGACAAUAAAAUGGAAAAACAAGGUGAUCUCAUCCGGUAUAUAGUACUUCAUUUUGGAAGGUCUCUACAGUAUGGAAAUCAGUUCAUUUAUCAGUCAAUGCCACGAAUGCUAUCACUAUGGCUUGAUUUUGGUGCUAAGGCAUAUGAGUGGGAAAAAGCUGGCCGCUCUGAUCGUGUCCAAAUGAGAAAUGACUUGAGCAAAAUAAACAAGGUGAUCACAGAGCACACAAGUUAUUUAGCACCAUAUCAGUUUUUGACUGCCUUCUCACAGUUAAUUUCCCGAAUUUGUCAUUCUUAUGAUGAAGUUUUUGAGGUCUUGAUGGAAAUUAUAGCAAAAGUGUUUUUGGCCUAUCCUCAGCAAGCAAUGUGGAUGAUGACAGCUGUAUCAAAGUCUUCUUAUCCCAUGCGUGUGAACAGAUGCAAGGAAAUACUAAAUAAAGCUAUUCGUUUGAAAAAGUCCUUAGAAAAGUUUGUUGGAGAUGCAACUCGCCUCACAGAUAAGCUUCUAGAACUGUGCAAUAAACAGGUUGAUGGAAGUAGUUCUACGUUAAGCAUGAGCACUCAUUUUAGAAUGCUUAAAAAGCUGGUAGAAGAAGCAACGUUUAGUGAAGUCCUCAUUCCUUUACAGUCAGUUAUGAUACCAACUCUACCUUCAAUUCUGGGCACCCAUGCAAACCAUGAACCAUUUCCUGGACAUUGGGCCUAUAUUGCAGGCUUUGAUGAUAUGGUGGAAAUUCUUGCUUCUCUUCAAAAGCCAAAGAAAAUCUCUUUAAAAGGAUCAGAUGGAAAGUUCUAUAUCAUGAUGUGUAAGCCAAAAGAUGACCUGAGAAAAGAUUGUAGACUAAUGGAAUUCAAUUCCUUGAUUAAUAAGUGCUUAAGAAAAGAUGCAGAAUCUCGUAGAAGAGAACUCCAUAUCCGAACAUACGCAGUUAUUCCACUGAAUGAUGAAUGUGGGAUUAUUGAAUGGGUCAACAACACUGCUGGCUUGAGACCUAUUCUAACCAAACUAUAUAAAGAAAAGGGAGUGUACAUGACAGGAAAGGAACUUCGCCAGUGCAUGCUACCAAAGGCAGCAGCAUUAUCUGAAAAACUCAAAGUAUUCCAGGAAUUUCUUCUGCCUAGACAUCCUCCAAUUUUUCAUGAGUGGUUUCUUAGAACCUUUCCUGAUCCAACAUCAUGGUAUAGUAGCAGAUCAGCAUAUUGCCGUUCCACAGCAGUCAUGUCAAUGGUUGGCUAUAUCCUGGGGCUUGGAGACCGUCAUGGAGAAAACAUUCUCUUUGAUUCUUUGACUGGUGAAUGUGUACAUGUAGAUUUCAACUGUCUCUUCAAUAAGGGAGAAACCUUUGAAGUUCCAGAAAUUGUACCAUUUCGCCUGACUCAUAAUAUGGUUAAUGGAAUGGGUCCUAUGGGAACAGAAGGUCUUUUUCGAAGAGCUUGUGAAGUUACAAUGAGGUUGAUGCGUGAUCAGAGGGAACCUUUAAUGAGUGUCCUAAAGACUUUUCUACAUGAUCCUCUUGUGGAGUGGAGUAAACCAGUAAAAGGGAAUUCCAAAACACCAAUUAAUGAAACUGGGGAAGUUGUCAAUGAAAAGGCCAAGACUCAUGUUCUUGACAUUGAGCAGCGAUUACAAGGUGUAAUCAAGACUCGAAAUAGAGUGACAGGGCUGCCAUUGUCGAUUGAAGGACAUGUGCAUUACCUCAUACAAGAAGCUACUGAUGAAAAUUUACUAUGCCAAAUGUACCUCGGUUGGACACCUUAUAUGUGAAAUGAAUUUACUUCAAAGGAUAUGUUUGUCAUGUAAAAUUACUGCAUUUGGUAUUAAUUGGUUGUAUCUAUUUCCAAGGCACAACAUCAUUUAUAUUCUUAGCACAACUCAUGUUAUUUCUUGAUUGUUAAUAUGUAAAAUAGUAUGUUAUUAAGAAAUAAAUGACUUUUUUAA